AUGUCAUCAAAUAAACGUUAUUGCACUCGAAUGCAAAGUACUUCUAGUAACGUUAAGACCAUUUUCUCGUCUUUUGCUGGCAAAUCCAAAAAGGUGAAAGGUGUCAUCAAUGUUCAACCAACCGUUAGCGGAGCGUUAGCUGACAUAACCGUGGGUCUUGUAGGAACGUUGGUUCAUGGUAUCUAUGAUUUUUUAGCACCAUCAUUCUUUCUAGAACUUGUUGCUGCAAAUCUUGACUCGUCGGGUAAAAAGAAGGAGACGGUGACGGCGUAUGCAAGUUAUAGUGGAUCGGACGAUUGGACUAAGUUGUACCAAUACAAAUGUGAUUUCGAGGUUUUUGAGGAUUUUGGAGAAAUAGGGGCAGUGUUGGUACAGAACGAGCAUCAUAAAGAAACAUACAUCAAGAACAUUGCUCUUGAUGAUGGCCACGUCACAUUUACUUGUGAAUCUUGGAUCCACUCAAAACACGAUAAUUCCAGUAAAAGAAUAUUCUUCACUAAUAAGUCGUAUCUACCAUCAGAAACGCCGGAGGCGUUGAAGUCUCUAAGAGAGAAAGAUCUAGAGUCUCUUCGAGGCAACGGUGAAGGACAACGCAAAUCAUUUGAAAGGAUUUACGAUUACGAAAGAUAUAAUGAUCUCGGUGAUCCCGAUAUUAACUCCGAUCUGGCCCGACCGGUGCUCGGCGGGGAGAAUCAUCCUUACCCUAGGCGUUUGCGAACUGGUCGCGAAAUGACCUCUACAGAACCCUGGUCGGAGUCAAGGACAACGCUACCAUUUUACGUGCCGAGAGACGAAGAUUUUUCAGAGAUAAAGGGGGCAACAUUUGGCGCGAGGACCUUGUACUCCGUACUGCAUGCAAUUUUACCAACGCUAGACUCGGUAUUGACAGAUAAGAACAAGGGAUUUUCGUCAUUCAGGGAUAUUGAUUUACUUUAUGAUAAAGGUUUUGAUAUCCCUCCCUUAGAAAAUGGACUUUUAAGUGCUUUACCAAGGAUUCUCAAAGAUGUUACCAGUAGUACCAAAACUGUGUUGCAAUUUAAGACUCCUCGAAGCAUGGACAGGGAUUCCUUCAAUUGGUUUAGAGACGAGGAAUUUUGUCGACAAACACUCGUUGGUCUCAAUCCAUAUGGCAUACAGUUGGUCAAGGAGUGGCCGUUGAUGAGUAAACUAGACCCUGAAGUGUACGGUCCAGCUGAAUCAACAAUUACCAAAGAAAUUGUUGAGCAAGAGAUCAAAGGUUUCAUGACUUUCGAGGAGGCAUUGGAAGAAAAGAAGCUAUUUUUAUUGGAUUACCAUGAUCUGCUCUUACCCUAUGUGAAUAAAGUAAGAGAGCUUGAAGCGACAACUCUUUAUGGUUCAAGGACGUUAAUGUUCCUCACAUCUACUGGAACAUUGAGACCACUAGCCAUUGAAUUAACUCUCCCACCAAACAACAGAAAACCACAGUGGAAACAUGUGUAUACACCGUGUUGGGAUGCUACGGGUUCUUGGCUUUGGAAGCUAGCCAAGGUUCAUGUUCUUGCUCAUGAUUCUUGUCAUCAUCAGCUUGUCAGCCACUGCCUAAGAACUCAUUGUGUUACAGAGCCUUACAUAAUUGCUACCAAUCGUCACCUGAGCAAAAUGCACCCUAUGCAAAGACUACUAUAUCCUCAUCUCCGAUACACGAUGCAGAUUAAUGGCCUAGCUCGUCAAGCGCUCAUUAAUGCCGGUGGUAUUAUUGAGUCAACUUUCUCUCUUGGAAAAUAUUCCAUGCAACUUUCCUCGGAUGCUUAUGCUCAAAAAUGGCGGUUUGAUCAAGAGGCACUUCCAGUUGAUCUAAUUAGCAGGGGAAUGGCUGUUGAAGAUCCUAGUGCACCACAUGGUAUAAAACUAAGAAUUGAAGAUUACCCAUUUGCCAAUGAUGGUCUACUUCUCUGGGAUGCCAUCAAACAAUGGGUUACCACCUAUGUCAACCACUACUACCCACAAACAGACCUUGUCGAGUCCGAUGAAGAGCUUCAAUCUUGGUGGACUGAAAUCCGAACAGUCGGGCAUGGCGACAAGAAGGACGAACCAUGGUGGCCUCAACUCAAAACCCAACAGGACCUGAUUGGAAUUGUCUCAACAAUCAUGUGGGUGGCUUCCGGCCACCAUUCUGCGGUCAACUUCGGUCAGUAUGAUUAUGCUGGUUAUUUCCCCAACAGACCCACCAUCGCUAGAACUAAGAUGCCCAAUGAAGAUCCUACAACUGAAGAGUGGCAAGCAUUCCUAAAGAAUCCCGAGGAUGUGCUAUUGAAUUGCUUCCCUUCGCAGGUUCAAGCUACCAAAGUAAUUUCCAUUUUGGACGUUUUGUCAAGUCAUUCUCCAGACGAGGAGUAUAUCGGUGUCAACAUGGAGGCUGCAUGGGAGGCAGAGCCGGUUAUAAAGGUCGCGUUCCAUGAGUUGAAUGGAAGGUUGAAGGAGCUGGAGGGUAUCAUAGACUCGAGGAACAAUGAUUCGAAAUUGAGCAAUAGAAAUGGAGCAGGGUUGAUCCCGUAUGAGCUUCUGAAGCCAUUUUCUGAACCUGGGAUGACUGGAAAGGGUGUUCCAUAUAGCAUUUCCAUCUAAUUUAACUCCAGGUUUCACCUUCAACCAUCGUUGUUGAGGUAGUAAUAAAAAGGUAAACAUGUCCUGAUGUGGUCCAUGUUUAAUCGAUCCAUUCGCACUUUGGUACUAUUAACUUAAUAAUCAAUUGCUAAAUAGCAAGAAACAGAACUUCAUUCCUUAGGGGCUGUUUGUGUUUUACUUAAUGGGCCUAAUGACAUGUAUGACUUGUUUGGUUAGCCA